AAUGACUUUGAAUAACCUUAAAUCACAGAAAAUGGUCAUGAUAAGAAGAGAAAAAGUUGGUAAAGCGGAAGAUAUUGAUUUAAGUAGAAAAAAUUUAAUUAUGUAAAUAAAAUGUGCUUAGUUUCGAGAAGUAUUCUUUUGUAUGGAAUGAUGG